AUGUCUACCAUACAAAGAAAAGGCAGUAGCCACCUAUUCAACAGUUUGCACACCUGUAGACUGAAGCUUCCUGAGGAACAGCAACAUCAAGAAAAAUCUAUCAUUGCUCAACCAAUAUUUGUUUUUGAAAAGAGAGAACAAACUUUUAAGAGACCUGCAGAAGACACCCUAUGUGAAGCAGCAGAACGUGAAUGCAAUGAGUUUUCAAGAAAGCGUGCCAGGGCUUCAUCUUUUACUUGGCAUACUACAGAUUCUCAGAACCAAGGAGUGAAGAAAAACAAUGUUUUUAUGACAUCAAACUCUGUGCAAAGGAAUGCUGAUCUGAACAGUGCGGAACAAGGUCCCGUGAAACAUUCUGAGCUUGUACUAAGACCUGCUAUUUUGCAGCCACCUCAAGCUCAAGGGUAUAUAAAAGUGAGAAAAUCAUUUGGAUACAAUGUGUUGGAAUCCUGUAAGGUUAAAGAAAAAAACAAAAGUAAGAUUUAUGAGGGGAACUCUUAUUUGCUAAGUGAAAACUUACCAAGUGCCAGAAUUUCAAUCCAGGUGUCUACUAAUCAGAAUGCUUUAGAUACUACAUCACCACGAUGUCAACCAAAUGAAGAUAAAUAUUCUAUGAAAAGCUGCAGUUCUGAUUUUGUUUUUGGAGAAAACAUGGUAGAAAGAGUUUUGGGUACUCAAAAACUCACUCAGCCUCAACUCGAAAGUGAUUCAUACAUCAAGGAAAAACCAUUCAAAUUCACUCUAAAAAUUCCUAUCAACUCUCCAAACUCAAGAACAGACACUAUUGAAAAUAUAUCCCUAAUUGAAUCAGCUACUGCUUUCUCUUUUAAACCAUCACCAAAAUGUUUGCUGGAGAAAAUUGAUGUUAUAACAGGGGAGGAGGCAGAACACAAUGUGUUAGAGAUCAACUGCAAGCUUUUUAUAUUCAACAAAACAACACAGUCCUGGACUGAAAGGGGCAGAGGAGCUUUGAGACUGAAUGACACAGCAAGCAGUGAUUGCGGAACAUUCCAGUCAAGAUUAAUUAUGCGCAAUCAAGGCAGCCUGAGGCUGAUUCUCAACAGCAAACUCUGGGCUCAGAUGGAGAUUCAAAGAGCAAAUCACAAAAAUUUACAAAUAACAGCUACCGAUUUAGAAGACUAUAACGUCAAAGUGUUUUUAAUUCAGGCCAGUGCCAAAGACACAGGACGUAUGCACGCAGCCAUCCAUCACCGUCUUGUUGCACUUCGAAGCUUUGACAAGCAGACAGAUGCAAAUCAAACUGAAAGCCAGUCAGAGACAGUCCUCCAACAGUUUAACUAUGAUAGCUGUGAUGAGGAUGAAGAGGAUCUCAUCCAAGCUACUAAAGCUAGAUCAGGUAAAGGACUUUUCUUCUGCUGGUUUGAGGUUUAA